AAACUGUUGUUCAUUCCUUAUUUUUUUCUCUUUCUUUGAUUAUCCAUUUCAGACUUUCAGUUCCUCCAAAGCCCUAAAUAUUUUCUUUUCAAGAGUGUUUUUAGAUAAUUUUUAUUUAUUUUUAAUUUCAAAUAAGUAAACCCAAUCUGCAUUUUCACUUUAUUUCCAUUCUAGACUAUUUUUUUUUGGUUCAAAAGGGUAUCUAUUAUUAGGCAUUCAAAAAAAGUUGUUUUUUUGGUUUUUAGCUUGUAAAGUUCUUAACUUUGUUGCUCCUUAGAAAGGAGAAAGAGAAUAAAUUUAUAAAAGCAAAUUCCCAUUUUCAUUUGAUCAUUUGGGUUUCUUUUUUCUGUCCUGCUUUUUAUUUAUUCUCUGUGGGGGAGUUUGGGGUUCUGAUUCUAUGGCUGCAGUUGCUGAUAAUCUAGGUGAGGCAGCAGUAGCUAAUGGAAACAACAAUUUGGUUGUUGAAACAUCCAAUUCAGAAUCAAAGGAAUUCAAUGUUCAAAAACUUGUUGAUAUGUUCACAAAGUUGAAUCCUUUGGCCAAAGAAUUCUUCCCAUCAUAUUAUCAUCAAAAUCCCACCAAAACUGAUGAUUCUAAUCAGGCCCCUGUUAACAAGCAGGGGAAUGAGAAUUACUCCAAUAGAAGGAGGAGAAACAACUACAACCAGGGAAAAAGGAAGCUUAAUGGUAAAGCUUUUCGAGCUGAAAGAGACGAUAGCAUUAAGCGAACGGUGUAUGUUUCGGAUAUUGAUCAGACUAUCACUGAAGAACAACUUGCUGGCUUAUUUAGUAAUUGCGGACAAGUUGUUGAUUGCCGAGUGUGUGGUGAUCCACAUUCAGUUCUUCGCUUUGCAUUUGUGGAAUUUGCAGAUGAAGAAGGUGCAAGAGCUGCUUUGAACCUAGGUGGUACGAUGCUCGGGUUUUAUCCAGUUAGGGUUUUGCCUUCAAAAACUGCCAUCCUUCCUGUGAACCCUACAUUUCUCCCAAGGUCCGAAGAUGAAAGGGAAAUGUGUACCAGAACAGUUUAUUGUACAAAUAUUGACAAGAAGGUUUCUCAAGCUGAAGUGAAGAAUUUCUUUGAAUCCACAUGCGGUGAGGUCAUUUGCUUGAGGCUUUUAGGGGACAAUGUGCAUUCAACUCGUAUUGCUUUUGUUGAAUUUGUCAUGGCGGAAAGUGCCAUUGUUGCACUGAAUUGUAGUGGGAUGGUGCUAGGAACUCAGCCGAUUAGGGUAAGUCCUUCAAAAACACCUGUGAGGCCACGAGUUACCCGACCAACAUCGCGUUAGCUGAUCGACCUAGCCUUUUAGGAUCAAUGGAUGGAAUUGGGUGGCUUCCCAACGGCAAGAGAAACUUUGUUGUGUUGAAGGGAUGGUAGAAACUUUCCUUUGUUUCGUUCUUUCCAUCUUUCCGUCGCAACCGUUGCGUUUUGUUCUUCUUUUAUCUUUGCUCGAAGAUAUCGGCACCGUUGUUCGGGUUCGGACUUGACCUUGAGAUUUUUUUUUUUACCUUAUUCCAUCUCUUCGUUUUGACAAUGUGAACUUGAGUUUCUUUGCUACUAUUAAUGAUAGUUUUAAGCA